UUAUUUUUUUAACUCUAAGGUUUUUUUUUAUUUCUGCGAGUGUUCCAAGUGCGUUCUCUUCGGUCUCGCGCGUCCACGUCACUCCUCAGUCGUCUCUCACGUUUCACAGAGUUCAGUGUUGACAGAAGGCAUAUUUCAGGAUGAGUGGAGGUCGCGAUGACGUUUUGCAUAAAGUCAAUCGCUUUAUCACGCUACAAGAUGAACAGGUGAAAAAAACGAAUCCUCUUCUACGAGAGGUUCUCAGUUCGAUGAUGGAACUUAUGAAGAGUGUAGAUCCACUGUUCAAAGAAAUGUACCGCGAGCCUAUGUUCGCCGGUAGUUUUUACAAAGGGACAAGGGUAGGGAAGCCGGAGGAAUUCGAUCUCGAUUUGAUUCUGGAUUUGCCGGUUUACUACAACAAAAUAGAAUUUGAGGACGAUCGCCCUGGAUAUGCGAGAAUCAGGGUCCCAUCAAGCUCAUUCAAACCCGCCUGGACUACACAUCAGAAGAUUCUUAACAAAUGGAUUUUAAAGCCCAACAAUUACCUCAAUAAUAAUUGUCUACGUCAAUGGUUCGAGGGUGUCCUCGCAAAGGUCUUCCGGCGACUGCCGGGUAACUCGAAAGGUUAUUCCAUCCUCCAAAUCGGACCGAAUCGCUUCGUCCAAAUAACGAGUAAGAAGAGUGGUCCAGCAUUCACUCUUCUAGUGAUUCACGACAGUGGGAAAUUCGACAUUGACCUGGUGCCAGUCUUUGAGUUCAGGUCCAGACCCUGUCUUACAGUUUUCCAGACAGUUCCACAUACUUAUGAACCGUGGUAUCUGGUGCCCAAGCCAUUGAACAAAGGGAAUAAUCCUGAGCUCAGCUGGAGAUUCUGCUUUUAUAGAUACGAGAAGGCCUGGUUGUCCAGUCAUGGAAAAAUUAAACCUAUUAUAAGAUAUCUCAAGAAACUGAAAGAGUGUCAAGAUUGGUCCUCAGUCCUCGCCAGCUACUACAUUGAAACAUUGGUCUACCACGAGCUAAAUGCAGGCUCGUUCGAUCUUCACAGAUCUUCUUUAAAUGGUCUACUUCUCUGCAUGUUGAUCAAAUUGAGUGAAGCAUGUGAGAAUCACUAUAUCCCUUAUUAUUGGGAUCCUCGUAACAAUCUUAUUGCUGAGAAGACUCCAGCACAAUUGGCCUCCAUGAAAAACUACAUUAAAAAAAUUAUCAAGGCUGUAACAAACAGCCCAGAAGAUGCCAUCAUUUACUUUCUGACUGCUAGCGAACGUCAAAUAUUGGCUGAGGCAGGGCCAGGUCUUCCCACCACCCCCGCCCCCAACGAAUCGGAGGAGAGUCCUUCAUUGCUUUCAGGAUUAAUCAAUUUCUUCCGGAGUCUCCUCGCCACUGGCUGAGCUUUCCCCGGACUACCAGCAGCAUCGCGGCGCAUUCAAUCGAUGGACCAAAUGAAACCCGCCCGCAAUUUCAUUUCAUUGGACUUCUGAAACGCAAGGUCUUCACUUUUCUUCCUAAUCACUCUCUCCUAAUUUUAAUUUGUGACUGCAACGUCAGUGCUUACGGAUUCCCAUUUUUAUAUGAUAAUUUUCAAUAAAUAUUUUUAAACUCA